AGAGGCUUCACAAUGCAUUGGCUAAAUACCUGUCUCAAGGGAGAGGAUUCUAAUACACAAGCUGCAUAUUUUCAGUGCUUGGUAACCUCACUCAUUCACACAUGGUGAUGUAUGCUGCUUCACUGAUGCCUGUCAAAGAGGAGGUGGUCAAGUUUAACAAAAUGCAGCUAUUGGAGAAACUGCUUCACUGAGAUGGAAUGAUUCCCAGCCGCGAAGUCUAACUGCACUUGGGUUGAAGUUAGGGAGAAAGGGCAUGGCCAAACCCUUUGUCAGACUACAGAGAUUUCUCCGACGGACACCCAUACUCUUUGUUUUCCUCAUUGUGGCCUACCUUAUGGCUGGCAGUCUGCUGCUACUGCAACGGUCGGGGUUUUCCAUCCCACUGGGCCAACGUGGUGCCUCUGACGGACAGGCAGUGCCAGCUUCUGCCUCAACUGCCAUAGAGAACGUCGCUUCUGAUCCGGAAGCGAUGUAUAACAUGAAGUACAAGUCCAGAAUUCCUGUAAGCAUGCAGGUGUGGGAUGAGCCAGUUCCUAAUAGGAAAUUUGGACCACGUUGGCUGAUUUCAGGGCACCCAGAAAUCGGACAUUUGAGAAGGAGGUGGUUUAACAGCUUUGUGAAGGAACAAGAACCAAGGCUACAACUGGAGAUCGGAACAGUCAAAAAGACUGUUGGGAGCAAAGCAACACACAUUGGAUGUUUCAGAGAUGAAUCGAAGGAGAAGGCUCUGAAAGGAGCAGUGUUUUAUGACUUUCGUAAAAUGACUGUUUCGCAGUGUCAAGACAGUUGUGCAGAAAGAGGUUACCUUUAUGCUGGUCUGGAAUAUGGUGCAGAAUGUUACUGUGGAAAUCGAGUUACUUCAGCCAGUGCAAGGCAGGAGGAUUGCAACAUGGAGUGCAAAGGGGAGAAGCACACAACCUGCGGUGGCGUGAAUAGGCUGUCAGUGUAUAAAGUAGAAGACCUUCGACCGAGCAACAAACGAUAUAGGAAUGUUCUCUAUCGAGGAUGUUUCAAGAUACCUAAGAAUCUAACUGAAACCUUCCCAGUCUAUUCGAUCCAGCCUAACCUGACUGUUGUUAAAUGCACUGAGUUCUGUACUAAAAAGGAGUUUCCCCUCGUUGUCAUCAGAAGGACAGAAUGUUACUGUGGAUUUGCCACAACUCACUUCACGCUUCAUGACAUUGUGAACGACCAGCUCUGUGGGAGGCUGUCAAGUGACACGACAACAGAGUUCUUAGGAGAUGAGAAUUAUUGUGUUAUCUACCAGACUCCUGUUCAAGACACCAGAUGUACGGACAGGAAAUUUCUGCCAAUGAAAACGAAGGUAAUGAUUGCUCUCUCCAGCUUCCCAGGUGCUGGGAAUACAUGGGCCCGGCAUUUGAUAGAGCACAGUACUGGCUUCUACACUGGAAGCUAUUAUUUUGACGGGACCCUUUAUAACAAAGGUUUCAAAGGGGAAAAGGACUACUGGAAAAGCGGCCGAACCAUUUGUAUAAAAACUCAUGAGAGUGGGAAAAGAGAAAUAGAAACGUUUGAUGCUGCCAUCUUAUUGAUCAGAAACCCCUACAAGGCUUUAAUGGCAGAGUUCAAUAGAAAGCGUGCUGGUCAUUUGGGGUAUGCAUCGGAACGCCACUGGAAAAGCAAAGAAUGGCCAGAAUUUGUAAACACCUAUGCCUCCUGGUGGGCCUCCCAUACAUUGGAUUGGCUGAAGUACUGCAGUCGGGUGCUAGUGGUUCACUACGAAGACUUGAAGAGAAACCUCUUGCCACAGCUGAAGCGCAUGGUUGAGUUCCUGAACGUCACGGUGUCAGAUGACAGACUGUUGUGUGUUGAAACUCAGAAAGAUGGAAACUUCAAAAGAUCCGGCCUGCGCCAGAGAGAUUUUGAUCCGUUCACAAUAGAGAUGAAAAGUAUCAUCAACAGUUACAUCAGGAUGGUGGAUGAAGCUCUCAAAAAGAAAAACCUCACAGGACUACCGGAGGAGUAUGUUCCUGGAUGAUGGAGCCAAUGAGGUAAAACAAUGUAUCACCACUUCAAGCCUGUGUUUAUAAGAUAGUGCAAGAGUGGCAACUGCAUUUAAAGAUCAGAAAGAAGGGGAAAGAGUGGGGCCUAAUCACAAGAACAGAUCAAUAACCUCAUGCUGCAGAGGACUUGUGUCAAGAAAAAAUGUCUCAGUUGACAAUGACACAAAAUACUCUGACCUGAGUCUUGUCAUCAUGCAACUCUGGAAUUUUUACAAGGUUCAGGUAGAUUUGAUUUAACUCUUUCCUGGAUGUUUUCUCAUGCAGUUAGACUAAAUCAGAAAGAAUUUGCAGCCUGUUUACACUACCAUACCUGUCACUUUUCUAAGGAACGUGGAAAUCUUUUCUGACAACUCAUUUAGACAUCCCCACAAGAUGGUUCUACCAACAGUGAGCCUUGCAUAGCAAAUAUGUUAAAUCAAAUUUAUCAAUGAGAAGAGAGCUGUUGUUUUGAGGACUGUUAGCAUUAGAUGUUUUACUGUGAGAGUUUUGAGGACUGUUAGCAUUAGAUGUUUUCUUGAAAAAUCUUUUACUGUGAGAUUGCUCACAGAUCUCAAUGAACCACAAUUCACUGCAGAAGCAGUACAUGGAACCCACAAGCCUAGGAAUCACCAUCACAUGUACAAUGUUCUUUUAACCAUCUGAAAGUUAGCAUUAAACUUGUAUGUUUC